AUUUCAUUAUCAACCAAGCGGUUGCAAAGGGGAAGAUAGUAUUUGAAUAAUUGAAUUAUUUGUAUUUAUUGUGAGCACAAACUUUACCUUGUCUUCAAGUCUUCCUUUCUUCAUCAUCACCAUCAUUUUCUCUCUCAAAAAUCUCAAAAGUCCCAAUUCUAAAGCUCCACAACAACCUUCAUCAAUGGCGUCUUCACCUUCGACCCCUUUCACCAAACCCCAUCUUCCCCAUUCUCCACUUCCACCAACUUCUACCACUCGCCAUUCCAACUCCUGCACGCACUUCCUCUGUAAAUCCCUCUUCUUCUGCAUUUUCCUCCUCCUCCUCCCUCUCUUCCCUUCCGAAGCCCCGGAGUUCGUCAAUCAAACUUUGCUCACCAAAUUUUGGGAGCUUUUUCAUCUCAUGUUCGUCGGCAUUGCUGUUUCCUAUGGUCUCUUCAGCAGAAGGAACGUCCAGGUGAGUGUAGAUUCAGACGAACCUCGCUUCUCCAAUUUUGAAAAUCCACAGUCGUAUUUGUCUAAGAUGCUUCACGUCGCUUCGAUUUUUGAAGAUGUUGACGAUUUUAGUGUUUCUGAUGAGAGGAAACUGAGUGAAGUUUUGUACAUUCAGCCGAAUCUUGGAUCUGUGAGAGGUUUCAAUGCUAUAUCUCGUCAGCAGGAAAAUUUUCAUUAUUCAAUACCCAAAAAAAGGUAUGAAAAUUCUCUUGAAUUUGAUGAUACUAAUAAUGUCGGUCAUGCUUGUAAAUCGAGAUAUACUCGUGGUGGAUCUGUUGUAGUUGUUGCUGAAACAAAUCGUAGUAAUUCUGGCGAAUGGUUAGAAUCAGGAGCUAUUGUAAACUAUAAACCUCUAGGUUUGCCUGUUAGGAGUCUGAGAUCGAUUCUUACUGAACCUGAUGAUGUUGAAUUCGAUUGUGGUGAUGAAUCUUGUUUGAGUUCUAAAAGUUCAUCCAAGAACUCCGAGAGUAAUUGUGAAAGAACAAGUGAAUUUGGUGAUAAUUGUUGUGUAAAUUUGGAGGAGAAGUUUGAUGAAACUGUAAUUGCAAAAAUGUCUCCAUUUCAAUUGCGUGAGAAUUUUGGAAAGAAUAUGAUGAGAGAAAGAGGAGUUAAGAAUGCAGUUCUUCGCCCUUCCCAUUUUAGACCUUCCUCCAUUGAUGAAACUCAAUUUGAAUCACUGAAAAAAUCAAGGUCUCUUCAUUCUAAUCUAUCUCAGUCAUCACAAACUAGUUCCCUCUCUCCUUCUCUAUCAUCUACGACAAGAAAGCACCGUAAAAUGUCGUCGCUCGGUAACAUUUCUUAUAAGUCGUUGCAUUCUCGACAAUACAGUUUGAGUUCUCUGUCUGAAAACAGUCGAGGGAGCUCUGAAGACCCUUUGAUUGAACCGGAAAAUUCAUCUGAAUGCAAUGAAUCCAUCGUAAGUUCCCCACGUUUAGACAGGAAUUUCGCACACAUUCCGAAAGCUUUAUCCCGAGGAAAAUCCGUAAGAACAAUUAGAGCAAAUACAAGUGCCAUAGAAGAAAUGAAAGCUCAAGAGAUGUAUAGAAAUCAAGUUGAGCAUGAUGACAAUGUAGGGAAUAAGUUUGAAGGUGGAAUGUCACCAUAUAUGAGAGAAGAUGGAACAGGACAUGGAUGGCCUGGGAUUAAUAGCCCAAAUGCUGGUUAUUCCAACCGUCAUCCGAAAACGACGACAUUCUCAGGGAUUGAGGAGCAAAAGGAAGACAUAGAGAGUCAGCUGACAGAUGAUGAUGGUAAAGAAGAUAACUCUGAGAGGGAGGAUGUUAGUUUUUUUGAGAGUUCAGAUGAAGAAGCUGCUUCGAGUAUGGCGGGAGAAUCGGAAUCAGGGGCUUAUGAGGUCGACAAGAAGGCGGGCGAGUUCAUAGCCAAGUUCAGGGAGCAAAUACAGCUUCAGAGGAUGGCUUCAGUAGAUAAAAGAUUGAGAGGAGGAUGGGGAUCAUUCAGCAGCACAAGCAGCAGUUAUUUUAGUUGAUUGGCUAAGCCUUCAAUCUUAAAAUGAUUUACUUCUAAGCCAUUUAUACAUUUAAAGGUUAAAUAUGUAUUUUGGUCUCUAAGAUAUAUUCAUUUUUUUUUCCUUUUCCUUAAUGUAUCAAUCUCUUUCCCCCAAGGCCACAUUUAGCAACUAGAAACGAAAUAAAUCAAACCUAAUAGGAAAAGUGGGCCUAUGAUCUUGUUUGAUGUUGUUUACCGGAGUUUAGUAGUCAUAAUGAAAUAUGGGAUCCACUUAUAAGUUUAUAAUCAAAAUCUACAAUUUAAUUGUAGAGGGUGUUCGAUCUGGUUAUGAACUUUUCACGAAAAUCUAAUUUAAUCUUAAAAUUUUGUA